UUCUAUCAACCGGCGACCUCAGUACAAUGAAGUUCCUUCUGAUUUGCGUGCUAGCCGCGUGUUGCCACGCCCAAAACUCUGGUGAAUCAUUGCUCUUACGGAUUGAGGAGCAUCAAAGCAAGUUGCGUAAUUGGGAAAAUGAUAACUUGCGAUUGUUAACAACUCUAACAGAACAAAGCAAACUAUACGAUAAUGCUAUACAUAAUGAAGCGAAGCUCUUAGAAGUUGUCGAUUACCUGGUCAAAAAGAACAUGGAAGUCUUCCAAAACGUUGUCAGUGAACUGAAUAAGAUUAAGACUAAUAUGGACAAAGGUGUAGAUGGAGGACAAUCUUUGCUUGAUAAAGAAACAGAGAUGUUAGAAAAAGAACUAGCUCACGACGAAGAAACUGUGACACAUGAAGACGAAAAUCUGGCAAGUCAUGGUGAAGGAGCGGAAACUUUGAGUGAUAUUGAAUUGACGAAUUUAGAAAAAGAGGUAGCGGAAGAAGGUGAAAUUGCUGGCCAUGUAGAAGAACCGAAUGUGAAAAGUGAUGAUGUAGAUCGUAAUGACAACGUUGAGAGUCCCAAAAAUAACGAGAACCCAGAUUAUGAUGGGUAUAACGAUGUAGGAGGUUGGUACCCAUAUCCAGAAUAUAGAAAAUGAUUCUAAAUAACUUGUGAAUGUUGUAAACAGUGCUACUUAAAAUACAUAUGUCAUAAAAAAAUU